CGUGGUAGUAAAUUUGAAGAAAAAUAGAGGAUGUGGGUGAGAUUAUCAGAAACAUUUCCAGCCACACAUGAAGAUGUUGCUGCAAACGCGAUUCCUCUCUUCUGUUCAACACACCUUCCUCGUCUUCUCUCCCAUUCUCAUCAAACCUACCUUCAGAAUCACUGUUAGAUCCCAAAAACCUUCUUCUGAAUCUUCUUCAGACGAUGAUUCCGCUCCGAAGGGGUUCGGCUUAUCGGACACUGCUACCGCUGCAAACAGUAAAAAGAAACAGAAGCAGAAACAGAAGGGGCAGAGAGAAAGGGCCUCCGUAAUUCGGCGAACUCCGCUUGAAAAACCAGCUUUUGUUUCGGAGGAACAAAAGGGUAAGGCCAAGGAAGAGGGAAAGAACGAAAGCGCUUUUCUUCUUGCAAUGCUCGGUUUUGGCAUCGUCAUUUUCAUUGAGGGCAUUGGUCUUGCAGCAUCUGGGUUCCUACCGCAACAGUGGGACCAGUUUUUUGUAAAGUAUCUGUAUCCAUCGUUUACCCCUACAGUUUUAUUAUUUGUGGCCGGAACAGUUGGAUAUGGAGUGUUGAAGUAUUUGCAGAAUGAAAAAAUCACAGAGCAGAAAUAAUGUGAUAUGUAUAAUGUAAAAAGUCCAAUGCUCCUCCAUGUAAAAUUACAAGUGACAGCAACCGCAAUCAUACUAUAGCUUCAGUUUCAUUCUGUUCCCCAUUGCUGCUGAGAUGAAAGAUGGCGUGAAGGCUGUUUGAACUCCAUUAAAACUCUUUUAAGAAACAUUUCCAUUAGAUCCCUAUUACCAGCAUGAGCAUUGAAUCAUAGGGCCAUGUAACAGGGUUUUGAAAUGGCUUCUUUCCUUGUAAUUAAAUGUCCUUUUACCUAUGAAACUUACUUUUGCAUUAGAUGUUGAACUUUUCUGAGGUAGGUUUGAAACACUACUGCGUCAUGUUUUAAACCAUUUAACCCCUGGUUGUUGGAAUCCUGUCUUGAAAAUGUUGGAUUAUGUUUCACAAUGGUAGAUACAGUGAUACAUACUUGAAUA